GAAAUCAUGAAUCCUGUGUAUAGCCCUGGAUCUUCUGGGGUUCCCUAUGCAAAUGCCAAAGGAAUUGGUUAUCCAGCUGGCUUCCCAAUGGGCUAUGCAGCGGCUGCUCCUGCCUAUUCCCCUAAUAUGUAUCCUGGAGCAAAUCCUACCUUCCAAGCAGGUUAUACACCAGGCACCCCAUAUAAAGUAUCCUGUUCACCCACCAGUGGUGCAGUGCCACCGUAUUCUUCAUCGCCAAAUCCCUAUCAGACUGCUGUGUACCCAGUUCGAAGUGCCUAUCCGCAGCAGAAUCCGUAUGCACAGCAAGGCACUUAUUACACACAGCCUUUGUAUGCAGCACCACCCCACGUAAUUCAUCACACCACAGUUGUGCAGCCUAACGGCAUGCCAGCAACUAUGUAUCCUGCUCCAAUCCCACCACCAAGAGGAAAUGGUGUGACUAUGGGGAUGGUGGCUGGGACUACUAUGGCAAUGUCAGCAGGAACUUUGUUGACGACUCAUUCCCCAACUCCAGUAGCCCCUCAUCCAGUUACUAUGCCCACAUAUCGGGCUCCAGGAACACCAACCUAUAGUUAUGUGCCCCCACAGUGGUGAUCGUCCUGGCAGUGUUUGAAGAUGGGAGAUAUGCAAUCAAGAAAUUGAGGUUUAAAAGUUGGUGCUGAAGCCCUCAUGCCUCCAACCAGGACUUUUCUUCUGAAUGCUUUCAACACUUGGCUAAACACUACUAAUUCCUGAUCACUGAAGAUUUUCCAGUGCUGCAUAUCUUACAUCUUGGAACUCCAGCAGUUAGUCUUAAAGCAAAUCCUGUUUUGUGGACUGUCUUGCAAUUUUUUUAGCUAACUAUAAUGAUAAAAAGGGAGUAUAAAUUUAUUCUGAUCCAUAUCUAGGUGAAUGCAUGUUAAAACACAAAAACAAAGCUUGCUCAAUCUACCUGCAGUGACUGAUGCAAAAACCAUCAUAUGCAAAUCCAAAGGAACCGAAAAGUAUUUUACAACUUGUAUCACUAAUGCACUGUUGUAAUGUAUGCAGGGUCUUAAAAGGUAGAAUCAUGGAAGUGAGUUUCUUGAUAGUAUACCAUAAUAUACAUUAGAUAAGUGCUUCAACCUUUCUGGGGUUGAUGGAGUUGCCAGUUUAGAAGGGGCACUUUUUAUUUAAGUGAUGUAUUCUGUUCACAUUCAACUAACGCAAAUUGGAGUGACUGGAAAAUGAGUCAGACAAGCUGUAGAAAUCCUGCACACAAUUACUCUUCUCCUUACCUUAUCAUUUUCAUUUUAUGGAUUCAGUGUUAUACAGAUGUUCUUGGAGAUCAAAAUGAAAUGACAAAGGUAAUGCUGUGUGUCAGUAAAUAAAGCAACCUUCCUUGAGGCAAAUACUUGCUGUGAGGAGUAGGAGGAGGUAACAUCACCUGCAUAAUGAAUUGUACGUCCUGGGGAGAUACAUAUCCAGUGCGAUCUUUCACGUGAUGCAAGAUGUGUCAAAGUGAGACUGCCACACAGACUGAUAGAAAAACAUUUUUGUUCCUGUUCUCAGUUCAGGAAAUCCAUGCCAUUUUCCCUAAAGAAUCUCAUAGCUGAAAAUGUAUGUGCAGUUGACCCAGCUUGCUUUCCAGAAAUCUAAGAAAUGGUAAGGUUUUCCACCACAAACAGGAGGAGUUCAGCUGCAUCUUAUUCUGAGGAAAGCUUGUGUGCCUGAUGAGUAUGUUAAAGGGGAACAAACCAUUUUCACACAAUUUCCUUAGUAGCUUCUUGCAGUAUAGGCUAGGGAUAUGCUCUAGUAGGACUGCCAGAAUGUAGAGUUGGGGAAUUUUCCUGAAAACAUUUGUAACUGUAGUAGGAGCCAUUUGUCGGUUACAGCGUGUUCGCGUAUUCUUUAGGGUGUUUUUUUGUUUGUUUUUGUUUUUUUUUUACUUCCUACAUUGCACUUGGAAGCACGUAAAAGACUGACUGCAGAUUAGCAUUUCAUUGCAAUGAGUCAUUUCGGAUAUUCUUGCUUGCAACUUCAAUUUUUAAGAGUACCUCAAAGCAUAUGCUGUGGGGAUAAAGGGCUAGCCUUAGAACCCAUUUGUAUACCAAAAUCGUCAUGGGAAAGAUUUUAAAUUUUUAAAUUUGACUAUUGCACAUAAAAUCAAGGUUUUUCCUACACCUGCAUGAUUUAUGAUUCCAGGAAAAAAAAAAAUGCAAUUUCAUUCUUUUGGAUACAAUCURCCUGCAAUAAAUAUGCAGUAAGAGGUUAUAAAAUAUUGUUCCCUUUUAGGCAUUUACACAGAGGUAUAUCAGGCUGUAGUGUUCUUGUAGGUUAACUUCCAUUCAGAAGUGUUUUUUGUUUUGUUUUUUUCUAACGUUUAUCUAGUUGUGCUUUGGUUUGGGGUGUUCUGCUCCCAUACAGAUUCGGCAGCUACCUCAGGGUAGCGCCAGUGCUGAGUUGAUGCCGCCAUUCCAGUACUCUGCCCCGGUGGGAGGCGUAUGUACCCGACAACCCAUUGGCGGCUAGAGCCUUCAGUAACUAUUUUGUACCUUAAGCACUCUCCAUAUUUUUUUUUUUACUUCCAUGUGUGUGGUUAUUCUUUUGUUUAAUAAAGUUUAGGAUUAUUUUGCAUGGAUCAUUGUCAGUGGAUUGCCCCUUAUUUCUAAUGCCUUGAACGUAACUAUGGUGUUGAUAAUAAGUACUUUAAACUUUACUCAUGAGCACUUACUGCAGCUUAGGGAUUUCCAUAUGUUUUUAUAUGGAGCAGAAAAUGACCCCAGACAAACCAUUUGAAUCUGUACUGCUUUGUUCAAGCCUGUUUAUUGAUUCCUUUUGUGUAGUAGGUUUGCAGCUUCGGUUAGUCAGGUGCGCCAGAGAGUACAGUGAACAUUAACACAGGCUGUUUGUCCAGUUUAGCUAAUGUAGAGUUGAAACUUUUGUUGUCUUAGUAUGAUUUUAAUAAAGAGUUGAGGUGUGAAAGAGUGCUUCAUUGAGGGGAAGCUGUAAAGAACAAGCUCUGAGCUUCGCUGUCUCCUGUCUUGUCACCCAGUAAACAAAAGCUUUGAGAUCCAUAGGAGAGAACUUUCAUGAAUGCUGCGUUAGAGUCAUAGGUAAGGAACAAAUAUGGUCWCCUAUAUCUUUGCUCCAACUUCAGAUUCCUAGAUGUUGUCUUGGAAUUGGUCUCUGCAUAGUGUUCCAUACCAUUUAGGCAGUCUCACACUUACUUGAGCACUUUUUUCUAAGUUGCAUUUUGGGAUUCAUCCGCRAGGGGGAAACUCUACCUGUUUCCAGAGGCAUCAUGCCUUCCAGAUCUGAUGAUGAUGUGCUGGGAGGGAGGAGCCUUGUCUCUAGGAAUUUGAUAUGGGAAGUAACCAAAAGCACAGUGCAAGGGGACGGGGGGGGGAAUAUGUGUGUAUAUAUAACUAUCUUCAUGGUAUUUUGUUGCAAAUAGUAGAAAGCGUGGAUAUAAAACUGGCAGGGGAAAUUGUACAUCAUUAAACAGGCGUUUACACAGUGAGGGUCUUAUGAAACAUUCUCUCCUGCUUUUUAUAUAACAUUCCCUAUUUAGAAUUCCUUUAUAAAUAAAUACACAAUAUGUGUUUGCACUAGAGCUCCUCAGAAAAUGAAAAGCGCUAGUGUGGUAGAAACAUUUCAGAUCAAGUCUCUCUUGGGGCGGGGGGGAAGAAAAAAAAAAAAAAGAAAAAAAAAAAACUUUAAUGGCAGCUUUAUGUGAUAGAUUAAAAAGUACUACUUUAAACCUGGAACUGAAGAUAACUGUUGCAGCAAUAAAAAGGAGAAGUUCAAGAUAGAWUUUUUUUUUCCUUGAUUCAAAUUUCAAGUGUUGCAUUUAGAUAAAAUAUUUUUAAGACUGAGGUGUUCCCUAUAUCUGUAACAACUGAUGAAAACGUCUUUUAAACGUAGCAGCAGCAGAAUAAAAAUGACUAACAGUCAGCACCAGAAAUGCGUAGCCCUGCUCAACGGGGUAGUGGUUAUUGAUCAAACGCUAGGGAGGAGAACAAAGAACCUACUACUAUAUCUUGCCAAUGCUUAUUGUAACCAGACAUCUCCAGUUUGAAGUUUCUAGGAGACAUACAGGAAUAUGCUGUUCAUGAAAGCUUCUUUUGAGAGUACUAUGCAAGUUAAACGCUUAGAUGCAGUGGUAGAUUACAAAAGAGUCCUUAUUUUAGUUGAAGUCCUUCCUCGUAUCAUUUUAUCCACUGAAAAAACAACCUUAAGUACCACCAUGUCUUAGUGUUACCGGGGCGUAGUUCAUGGUGCAGGCUUGCGUACCAGAGUACUUAACGCUGGCCRCUCUUUGUGAGCAUUUUGGCUUUGCUUCUACUCAAGCAAUAGGCCACUUAGAGUAUACGAGCAGGAAAUAGAUCCUAAUUGACUUGGAAUCACUCCCCAGUGCUUAGGCACAGUAUUUGUAUAACAUUAAUUUGGGUCUAGAACAUGUUUUUUGCUUGGAUAGAUAAGCACAGCGAGCUGAUGCCACCACUAACUCUAGGCUUUAACUGAUACCAGCAAGUAGGAAAUACCGUGUAUGCAAAAUCUCCCGUUUUAGAAACAUGAACGAUAGUGAUGCUUCAGCCAAAACUUGUGGGAAGAGAGGACGGAUGCUGUGGUUGUUGAGUUGUACUUUGCGGUUGCCCGGGAUGUGGUUUGUGCAGUAGUCGUAGGCAGUAGGCACGAGCCCUCUCCAGCUUCCCCAGCAGGCGUCACUGGCCCAGGUCAGCAUUUGCACAGGGUCGAAAGCAGUUGCUAGUCCUCACGCUGAAACAUUUGUCAACACCUGCUAGAAAGGCCUAAAGAAUUAAGCUCCUUCAGACUUUUCUCAUUGAAGUGUCAGCUUUCUAAUCCUGUAUUGUACCAACUCUUAAGCUCCCUGUAGAGACCCUCAGAUUUGAUGAGGUAGAAGGCCAAUUAAAAGGAGCGAGUGCAGCAGUGUGAGGGCUGUGUUUAGUUGUCGAGCCUUGCGAAGAGCUGAGUUUGCUCUGAGACCUCCGAGUUGGCGAGGGCUUUGUCAGCAGCCUGUGUUCACCCACCGGUGCUGGUGGGUUGAGAGGAAAUGAGAUGUGUUUGGCAAAGAGAAGGAAGAGGAAUGGUGCUUACCUGGGGACAUGGAGACCUUUUCUCUUGUGUGUUGARUAUAACACUUAAAACAUCUGAAUUCCACAGGUAGUAAGGGUCCAUUUGUGAUAGAAAAUACUCUAUAAACAAUUUAUGGGCUCUGGAGAUUAAACAUCAAGAAAGCAAACA